AUGGCGGUUCCAUGCAAUAUCCGGGGUUCGGCUUCCCAGCUCUUCUAUCAAGACCAACAAUGUCCUCAAUAUCAAGCCCUUUUGGCUAUCACCGAGAUGCCGCAUCCAGAUCGUUCUAUUGUGGGCGCUUUUCUCAUGGAUGCACGAAAUCCCCAGGAAGCAGCCCGCUACUUCUUACGAGAGACCGCAAUCGAUGGCACCUCGCACUCCGUCCCAGCAAGGACAAUUUCGGAAUUCCUCUCAGAUUGGAAAUAUUUGGUCAGCAUGUUUCGGCCUAUUGUAGCAACAGGGCUGUCCGCUGAGACCCAGCGGCUGGUGUAUGAAAGAGACGGCGGGCGCUGUUGCCUCACACAAACACAAUUCAAGUCACCGGAGGAUUCUGACCUGCACUUUGUACACAUCGUUCCACCACGGGUGUUGAUGCAUCCGGAUUUAGUCGAGGGGGCUCGCCUAUUUGAGAUGCUUUACGCUUUUCUGUCCAAUGAUUCCAUGCAGUCGCUUCGGUCGAUCCUUCCCUUGAACUCGUCAAUGGAGAGACUUGAUAAUCUCUGGCUGUUGUCGGUCUCCGCAUUCGAGCUUGUAGAGGCCGGCGAGGUAUGGCUUAAGAUCCGGAGCUGGGACCCGCAAAAUUCACCCUACAGAAAGAGUGUAGAUCGCCAUCAAGCCCUUUAUACGAGUGCACGCUGA